GAGAGGGAGGAGACAGGGAGAGGGACACAGUCGAGCUGAACAGACAGCCAGACUUCAAUCUCGCUUUGUUGUUUAUCGCUGGUCGAAACACGCAGCGAGUCCGAACUUUCAAAUCCCCGAACCUUCGAAUCUUGGAACCAGUCUCCGAACCCGAGGAGAGCGCAGCAUUCCGCUCCGUUCCGCCGCGGAGGGGUCGCAGCGCUUCUAAACUUUUGGGUUUGUUUUGCUGUUGUGAAAUCUCUGGGUUUCUUUUCAGCGGGUGUUCUUGGUCCAGUCGAAGAGAAGAUGCAGUGGGCGAGCAGCGGGCUGCUGGUGCUGUUCAUCUCCCUGCUUCAAGUACGCACAGCCCUGCUCUUCACUGCAGCCCAGGCGAAUGGGGAGAGUGUGGUGGUGGCAGUGUAUAAUAUGAGCGCCCCCGCUGGCUCGAAGGCGGUACUGCAGUGUCAGAGCCAGCGCAUGGUGUGGACUCAGGACGGGCUGUCGGACCGGCAGCGUGUGGUGCACUGGGACCUGUACCCCCCGGGCCGGGACUACAAGGUGGAGCGGGUGUGUGACAUGUUCUCUGCGGGGGACCAGCGGCUGUACAACUCCCACAACCAGGGCAGAGUCAGCAUGCUGCCCAGCGCCUUCACUGAGGGGAACUUCUCUCUCAUCAUCAGAGGUGAGGCUGAGAGUGACAAGGGCAUCUACUCCUGCAACCUGCACCAGUGACACUGCCACCUGACUAAGCCUCUCCUGUCUCUCCUCUCCGCAGCUCGUAAGGAGCGGCGGUUCUGGGAUGGUGAGAAGGUGGUUGUCAUGGCGCUGGCUGGCAGCACAGUGUCCCUGCCCUGUGUGAACCGCAGGCCUGUGUGGACGGAGCAGCACAGCGAGGCGGAGCAGCAGGUGGUGCACUGGGACCGGCAGGGCCCUGGCGUGGGGCAGGACCGCGCAGACCGGCUGGUGGACCUGUACGCCUCGGGGGAGCGCCGGGGCUACGGGCCCCUCUUCAUCCGGCAGAAGAUGAACAUUUCGGAGCUUGCUUUCUCCAGGGGAGACUUCUCGCUGUCCAUCUCCGACCUGCAGCCUCCCGAUCAGGGGCUGUACUCCUGCCACCUGCACCACCACUACUGCGGGCUGCAUGAGCGCAGGCUCUUCCAUCUCUCUGUCACCCCCCCCCUGAAACAGAACCGCACCGGAGCCAGCGCAGACACGCGCAGGGACCCCGACACACACAGGGAUCCCCCCAUGGUUGAGCCUCCCCGUGUCAUCAAUGUGAUCCUCCCAGAGCACCGAGCUCACUUCCUGCAGCAGCUUGGCUACAUCCUGGCAACGCUUCUCCUUCUGGCCCUCGUCGCCACGGCGAUCGUGCUGCUCACCAGGCGACACAGGAAGAGGGGUCUGGAGUACAACAUGCACAAAUCUGAAAAGAGGCAGGUGUGCAGUAAUGAUUUUGUGAUGGACGCCACCGAGCUGAAAGCCUACAACAACGAGGAGAUCAGACUGGACUACAAGAACAACAUUCUCAAGGAGAGGGCGGAGCUAUCCAACCUCCCGCCACCCAAGGUCAUUGACCUGGACAAAGAGCUGGAGAAGGUGUCGUGGAAGUGAGAGAGGAGGAGGAGGAG